AUGGAGCCUGACAAGGUCCGAGCUACAGAGGCCGCCGCCAAGGCCCCGCCCUCGCCGCAACCAUCGCCCCAGCCCACGCCUGCGCCCACGCCCGACAACCACCAUGAUGACGCCAUGGCGCCCGACGAGGACUCCUUCGAGGCCGCCGCCAAGGCCCCGCCCUCGCCGCAGCCAUCGCCGCAGCCCACGCCCACGCCUGCGCCCACGCCAGACAACCACCACGACGACGCCAUGGCGCCCGACGAGGACUCCCUCCAGGCCGCCGCCAAGGCGCCGCCCUCGCCGCAGCCAUCGCCCCAGCCCACGCCCACGCCAGACAACCACCACGACGACGCCAUGGGGUCCGACGAGAGGCCGCCGCCAAGGCCCCAGCCCUCGCCUGCGCCCACGCCAGACAACCACCACGACGACGCCAUGGCGCCCGACGAGAGGCCGCAGCCCUCGCCACAGCCCACGCCCUACAACCACCACGACGACGCCAUGGCACCCGACAAAGUCUGA